AAAAACAAUUCACAUAACCCUAGUUUUAACCUUUGCAUCUUAUAUUUCAGCUUCUUCUUCAUUUUUUCACCCGAGAAAAACCAACCUAACUCUCUCCAUCUCCAUCGCCACCACCAUCUUCGUCGCCACCACAACCAACGCCACCAAUACCAGCAUCGUCUCCAUCGCCAUCCUCACCAUCUCAGUGAAUUAUCAUGUAUCUCUUUUCUCUUUCUCUGCCGGCAAUCACCACCACCACCAACAACAACACCCCAAUCGAUCCACCUCCAAUUCCACCACCACCUCAAAAUCCACCAAUUUUAUCACCAGAUCCAUGAACACUUCUCUCUUUCUGUCACCUAUUUGUGAAUCAAAUCCCGGAAUCGUAAAAAUCAUCAGCAGCAGCGGUCUUCUUCUUCGUUGAAGAUUCAGGUGAAAUCCCAAAUAUAGGUUUUGAUUUUUGGUAUUGAUUUUAUUAUUAAACUAAAUUUCUGAUAAUAAACGGUUUUAAUAUCAGAGUUAGAGUGAUCAAGAUUGAUUUUUUUGGUUUCGCUCACCUUUUGAGAUCGAUAUUCGAUUUUGAAUGAACAAUUUGGAGUUUGAAUUUUUAGUUUGAAUGAAGAAUUCAGUUUCGAAAAGAUGCAUCAGUCAUUGGUACUUGUUGAGUUCGAUUGUUGUGUAACCAAGAAAUUAGAGAAAGCAGGGAAGAAUCAGGGAUCUAUUGAGAAGAAUCAGGAAUUAGGGAUUUGAUUUACAUAAAAUAGAGAAAUUGAAGCUCUCUAAUGAAGCAAUUGAAAGUUACUGAUCAGUUUUGAGUUGGGUUGAAGUUAAUUUGUGACUGAUUCAAUAAGGAAUUUGAAGAUGUUGGUGGUAUCUGAGAUGGAGUUGACCUAAUUGAUUGCUGUUGUGCAACAUGGAAAUGGAACCAGAAGUUGCUAGUGAUAGAACUGCAGGGGUGGGAGCUUCUAUUGCAGACAAAAAGAAUUAGAGAUGAUAUUGCAGACAAAAACAAUUAGAGCUAAGAGAUGAGAUGGGUAUGAGGAUGUUGGGAUGUAUUUGCAGUGUUGGUGAGGAACUUGGUAAUUGUUUUUUUGGAGAUUUAGGAGAUGGCUUGUGAUAGAGAUGUUCUUGAUGAUUUGGAUGUAGCUGUAGUUGUUGAGAUGGGUUUGAUAGUUAAAAGGGAUGAGGAACACUUGGUUGCAGCAUCGGGGUACUUUGACAAAGACGGUAGUGAUAAUAUUACAGUUGAUGAACUCCAGCAAGCUUGUGUGGAGCAUAACAUGACUGACGUUCUUCUUGAGGAUAUCUCUAAAGAAGUUGAUCAAGAUAAUGUGGAAAUUGCAGCUACAGUUACAGAGAAGGUGGAGUUGUUAUGGGUCUGAUAGUCGAGUUCGAUAUGGUGCUGGUUGUGCUGAUGGUUUUAAUGCAAGAGGAGUUGUUGGAGAAGUUUUGAUUUUGAAGCACCAGAAAGAGGAGAAAGAAUUAAAUCUUAUAGUUUGCAGAUGGGUUUGAAGAAUGGUGGUGUGUUGAAUUAAAAAUGUUGCUCUACUGGUGUUGUAGAAAUCGGUAAUGAAUUGGGUUUGUCCUGGAUGAUAAAUGGCUUUGAUGUGGUGAAUUAAAGGGUGAAAUCUGAUGCUGUUAUAUAUUUCGUGUGAAUGUUUAUGGAGUUUAAAUUGGAGGUGUAAUCCAUGGAGGUUUCAAGAUGAAGAAUGGAGGUGAAACUGAGUAUCUUGCUUUGGUUUGCAAAUGGGAUGGUACAUCAUGUGUUUGAGAUGAAGGUGGUUUGUAGUGGAGAUGCUAUCGAGUCUGAAGCAGAGCAGCAGAUUAUGAAGCUUAUGAAGUGAAGUUGGUGGAAGAUGUUGAUUGUUGUUGCAUAAGAUGAAUGCCAGCUGAAAUGCAGGAGCGAAGCACAAUAAUGGUUUGUGCAUCAAAGCUUAUGAUAUGUUGUUUUAUAUUGACGAAUCUGUGGUGAAAUGGUAGCACAAUCGACUAUAUGUCAGUAGAUGUUUGUUCGACUCACGCCAGGUUCAUUCAAUUGUCUAUAAUUUUUUUUGGAGACAACUUGUGCUAGUUGCCUCUAUAUUCGAAGAUAACUUGUGCUUGUUGCCUCCAUAUUUGGAUACAACUCGAACAAGUUGCUUCUUGAUUUGGACACAACUUGGGCUAGUUGCUUUCACUUUUGAAAGCAACUUUGAGUUAGUUGCCUCCACAUUUGAAGACAACUCGAGCUAGUUGCCUCAUAUUCGGAGGCAACUUGAUUUAGUUGUCACCAUUUUUUUUAGCAACUUGAGUUAGUUGUCUCCAUUCUAUUGAGACAACUUGUGCUAGUUGCCUCUAUUUUCGAAAAAACUUGAGCUAGUUGCCUCAGAUUUGGAGACAACUUCAGCAAGUUGAUUCCACAUGGUGGUGUUGGUGGUGGUGGUGGUGGCAAUAAUGGCGGCGAUGGUUACUAGUGGUGGUGAAGGAAAGUGGUGGUGGUGGAUACGAGGGAAGUGGUGGUGGUUGGCGAUGGUGGUCGACAGUGGUGGUGGAUCUUGGCGGUGGUUAUUUGCGGCGGCGGUGGACAUGGGCGGUGGUGGACGGCGGCGGUGAUUGACAGUGGGGAUGGUUGUUGGUGGCGGUGGACAGUGGUGGUAGUGGACGGCGGCGGUGAUUGACAAUGGUGGUUGUUGGAGGCGGUGGAUAGUGGUGGUGGACGACGGCGGUGGAUAGUGGUGGUGGACGACGGCGGUGGAUAGUGGUGGUGGACGACGGCGGUGGUUGACAGUGGUGGUGGUUGUUGGCGGUGGUUGACAAUGGUUGUGUUGGGCAGUAGGGGUAGUCAUUUUUAUAUUUUAUUUUUUUAAAAAUAGUGCUUAGUGUUAGUGGUUUGUAUAUACAUCAUAUAAAAGAGGGUAUUUUAAUAAUGUAUUAAGCCUAUGGAUAUUAUUUAAGUUGAUAAGAGUAUAUUUCGACGGGGCCUCGUAGCAGGGGUAUAUAAAUAAUGUUCCCUUAAUUUUAAUAAUGCUACGAGGUAUAUAAAUAAUGUUCCCUUAAUUUUAUUA